AUGCGUACCCGCAACCAAGAAAAGGCGCCUUCGUCGCAGUCAUCAUCGCAGCAGACUGCCGCCUCUGAAAAACGCACAAGCCGCAAGAGAAGAGCAAGCAGCUCCUCCGACGCGCCAAUCCCUCAGAGCUCUCAGACUACCGUCUCAUCAUCAUCACAAACCAAGCGCAGAAAGAGACAAGACGCGUCUUACGACCAUCCCGAAGACCUCACCAUUCUCGAUGAAGAGGAGUCGGUCACCACCACCACUCCUGCACCUGCAGUCCGCCAUGUUCACUUCACCGAGUCUACUUCUCAAGGUCAAAAGGCCACUUCGACACACCUGACUCCUCACAUCCGCAAGACUGUCACAACCGAAAGACGUCAGACCAUUUCCCCUUCCAAGUUCGAGCAGCUGUCGACACCACCGCCCAAGUCUCGCUUGUCUCUACCUACCACAUUCUCCCCUUCGCCCGCCAUUUCCAACCUUUUCCGUCCCCUGAGCCAGGUUCUGUCGGAACGUGUUAAGAGCCGUCUUCGCCGCAGCCGUCUGAGCGAGGAGAUCAGGGAGCAAAGGGAUGGCUCUGAAGCCCACCAAGAGCUGAUUCAAAUCCGUGAAGAGAUUGCAGAGAUUGAGGACACUAUUCGUACCCGUCUUCACCAGCUCGAUGUUGAGAAGCAGCUGGGAGAAGACGCCGACGACCAGAAGAUGGAAAACAUCCAAGUCGUGCUCGACCAACUCAACGAGGAUCUCGCUGAGAAGAAGGCUCUGGAGGCCGCUAUUCCCGACGUCGAUUCCAUUGAUGCUGUUGAUGUCAUCAACGAGGACAUGAUGGUCUUUGAUAGCAGCCAGAACAUCUCAUACCCCAGCCUUCCUUCUUCCGGCUCCGAAGUUCGUACCGUUCAGAGGGUCUCCGAUGCUGUUGACAUUACAGAUGCCCAAACCCAAGUUGCUCUGCCUGACUCCACCCAAGAAGAAGAGCGUCGCGCCUUCAAGGAGGCCAUCCAGUACUGGACCGACGAAGCAUCCAACGCAAAGUCUACCCUCCAGAUUCUGACUAUCGAGUUGCAAUCUCUUGGUUUCCCAGGCGAGAAUUCCGACGCCAUCCUUGCCUCCAUCCGCGAAUCAUUUGCUUCUGUCCGUGAGCGCCUUGAGUCUGCUGUUCCUGGAGUUAUUCCUAGCAGCAUCUCAGAUGCCGACCUUGUUGAGCUCGUCAUCCAACACCUUGAAACUCUUGCCAGCAAGGUUACCGAACAGGAGGUCUUCAUCGCCGACAACGACCACCUGCGCCAGGAGCUCGUUAACGAAAUUGACGGUCUUGUCGAGAGACUGAGUCAGGCCGAGAUUCGCAAACGCACCCUCGAAAUUGGUUUCAACGACCUGGAUGCUCAGAGUCAAAGAGACGAGCAGUUGAUUGAUUCGCUUAGCAAAGAGUUGAACAAGAUCGAAAAGAACCACGACAUGGCUCAAACUCUCAUCAGCGAGAAGAAGGCUCAGCUGGCUGAGCUCGACCGCGAAAACAAGGAUCAGGACACAACCAUCAAGAAGCUCGGUGAAGCUCUCGAGGGUUACAGAGCCAACGAGGCCAACCUUCACGCUCUCAUCACCCGUAUGGAGCAGGAGGCUAACGUCAAGAUCUCUGAUCUUACAAAGGCUAACCAAGCUGCUGUGUCUGAACUUGAGGAGCAGCUCCGUGUUGAGGGCACUAAGCGCCACACCGCCGAAGCCGAUGCUGACGACAAGCAAAACAUCAUCACCACCCUGGAGCGCCGUGCCGAGGAAGACGAAGCUAACAUUGACACUCUCAAGCAACAGCUUGCCAAUCUCCAAGGCCUGCACACUGCCGAACAGCAAGCCAGAGAAGUCGCUGAGGCCGUCAACGACGAGAACGCAACAGUCAUCGCUGAGCUUGAAGACAAGAUCGAGCAGGCGGAAACCGACCUGGAGCAGCUCAGAUCUGACUUGGAAAACCUUCGCGCACUCGAGGAGGCAGAGCGUCGCCAGCGCGAGGCAGCCGAGGCCGACUUAGAUGAUCGCAACAACCAGAUCACCGAAUUGGAACAGAAGCUGCUGGCAUCGGGCAAGCAAGCCAACGAGUUGCGCCAAAAGCUAUUCGAGGUUCAGCAGCGUUCCAAGGAAGCUGUUGCAGAGCUUCAGGCCCUUGGAGAGGAGCGUGAAACCAGGCAUGCUGCUGAUGUCGCUGUCUGGGAGGUGAAGGUACGAGAUGCCAAUGAUGCCGCCACAUUCGCCAAGAUCGAGACCAAAACAUAUGAAGAAGAACUUAAGAAGAUCACCAGAGAUAUGGGCGAGCAGCUUCAGGAGCGCGCCGCUAAGCUUAGGGAGUGGGCAGCCAAGCUUGAUGAACUGACUGCAGAGCUCAAGGCAACAAAGAAGGAGUUGAACAACGCAUUGGUGUCGCUCGAUCAGCUGCAGCAGUCUUCUAAGGCUCGCAUCGCUGAGCUCGUUGCUGAUGUCGCCGACCUGCAAGGUGUUAUUGCUCAGCACGAAGCUACAAUCAAGGUCCUCAAUGCUGAGGCUGAGACAACCGCUCAGACCCACGCUGUCGCCAUUAUCGAGAGAGACGAGAAGAUCGCUGAUCUCAACCACGACAUUUUCAACGCCCGAAAUGAAAUCAAGAACCUCGAGGCCGAGAAGGAAUCCCUGGAACGCCGUGUCGAGGCCGAAGCCGAAGCAAUGCUCGAACUGCAAGCCGACCGUGACGACCAAAUCGCCGACCUCAAGACCAACAUCCGCAACAAGCAGGCCGAGAUUGAAAACCUCGGCCGCAAGGCCUAA